AUGGGUGCAACGCCAAGUCGUUAUGAAGAUCUCUCCAAGAAUGUGCACCUGGCAAGGUUUUGCGGGAAACAGAGUAUAUCUUCGAACGAUCCAUUUUGGAGUACAUUCCUGUCUUAUAACAUACGACCGCCUAUUACAAGGAAUGAUCAGAUAGAACUGGAUUCUAGAUUAGACUCGUCAUGUCAACAGUUGCUUGUCAAUAAUUUGGUCACUGGCAACUUUGGUACUUUGAUACAAAUAACACUGAUACGCAUCAACGAGCUGCUAGCACCUGUACAAAAUCAAAAUAUAAUAUCAGCAUGGCAAACAUACAAUGGAUUGUUUGCUGUGAGAUGUGUUUUAAAGUAUCUCAUUGAGACUGUUGGUGAGGAAGAGAUGCUGAAUCACAUUGAAGCACCACAAACGACAAAUGAAGCACUCCCUUCUUAUAGAUUGGCAUAUUUUAUUGAAGCACUGAUAGAACUUAUUACAGAUGUACCUCUGUGUGAAUUUACAUAUGUUGUUCACUUGGAGGCGAUUAAUUGUUUACUCGUGCUACUCUCGGUGCAAUUAUUUUCUCAAACUGCAGCUGAGUACAGUACAGUGUACAGGAUAGCAAUGCAUGCGCUGAACCAACAUGCACCUACUAUGGUGUGUACACUGUUGCACAAUUUUGUUCAACAGGAACACGCUCCUCCAGGGUUACUGACGCAGCAGUCCGGAGGUAGUAUUGUAUUCAGUAUUGCAGCCGGGUUGUGGAAUGUGAUAAGAAUGGGUAUAGGCAGUGGUUCGAAGAAUAUACAGGUUGCACAUAACGGCAUAGCUGAGGAAGAGGAGAAGAAACGCGAUACAGAAACUCCACUUGCCAGUCAAUCUCUAUUACUUCUAUUAGUUUUGACGAAUCAUUGUACUGCUACGCAGAAUCCAUAUAGGAACGCGCUUUUCUCUUUCAUAGAUAUGCAAGAAGAUCAUACUAUAUCACAAGAGAAAACAACUGAUACCUUCAAAUUUAAUUUAAAUAAAUUAUACAAUACCAUUUGUAAGAUACCAAAUACAGACGAAGUUACGCUUUUACUCUACAUGCUAUUGCAUAGAAAUUCGAGUGUAAAACAUGACAUAAUGAGAAGACCUGAUAUACAAUUAUUGGUAACUCCGAUAUUACAAAUAUUAUAUCAUGCACCAAACAACACAUCCCAUCAUAUUUAUAUGUCCCUUAUUAUUUUGCUAAUUUUGAGUGAAGAUGAAACGUUUAACAAGCGAAUACACGAAAUUAUGCUUAAAGGUAUAACAUGGUAUACUGAAAGAUCUAUAAGCGAAAUAUCAUUAGGUGGUCUUUUAAUCCUGGUAGUAAUUCGUACGAUACAAUAUAAUAUGUUUAAAAUGAGAGACAAAUAUCUUCAUACAAACUGUUUAGCAGCUCUAGCAAAUAUGUCUGCCCAGUUCACAUCCUUACAUCCUUAUGUUAGUCAGAGAUUGUUAAGUUUAUUUGAAACACUUGCAAAAAAGCAUGCGCGCUUAGAAGCGAGAAUUUUAGAGCAAACACAGGCGACCACUGUUCCUUCCAAAGAUACUAUCGUUCUUAAUACGGCUAACGAUGCGAUUAUUAAUGUAACAAUUAAUAAUACUGCAAAAAUUUCUAAUGCUUCCACCGUUUCUACUGUUACAAACGAAGAUUUGAUUCAAGAUUUGACUAUACUUGAGGAAGUCUUAAGGAUGGUGCUAGAAAUUAUAAAUAGUUGUUUAACUCAUAGACUCGCACACAAUCCAAAUUUAAUUUACACUCUUCUGUAUAAAAAGGAUGUCUUUCAAUCAUUUAGGACACAUUCUGCUUUCCAAGAUAUUGUACAAAAUAUUGAUUCUGUAAUUAAUUUUUUCUCUUAUAAAUUGGAACAGAAGGAUCAAUCACAAAUAGGUGUUAGUCAAGUAUUAGCCACUAUACGGCAAGGAACUUUAGAGUGGCCAAGAGAUCGUUUAAGAAAAUUCCCAGAAUUAAAAUUUAAGUAUGUAGAAGAAGAACAACCAGAAGAGUUCUUCAUUCCUUAUGUAUGGAGUGUGGUUUGUCAAGGAGCGUUAUUACAUUGGAAUGCAGAGAACAUAAAAUUGUUUUCACCUAAUAACGGCGAGCCGACCAUCAUUGUUUGCUGAUAUUGAGAUGAUGAGUGCAUUCUGUUAUAAAUAUUCAAAGCGACACAACAGGUUAAUAUAUAAAACUAUAAUUUACAAUAGAAAUUUAUUAAACUAAAAACAUAUUUUUUCUUUGGAAUGAAUGAAGAUGCAAACUUUGAGAACUAAGAAAAAAAAAACAAAAAUGUAUACAAAAGACAGUAUAACGUAUGGCAUAUAAUUAUUGCAUGAUGAAGUAUUUAUAAUGAGGGUACAUCAUCUGAAACGAAACUUCUUCUCUUAUUAUUUCUUCUUAGUAUUUCUUAAAACGAGUCUAAACUUUAAUAUUAUGAAAACAAAAAUAAGUAAAAAUUUAACUUAAAUAUUUUUUCAAUUUUAUGUUACAUUUCACCAGGUAAUGUAGCGUAAGAGACUCAACAAAUAUUUUAUAUUCUUGAAAAUUAGAUUUUGUAACUUCUGCAAUUUUGUUAUGAUUAUAUAUAAAUAAUAAUAUAUCGCGCCAAAAAAAGAAUACAAUUACUGCAUCUUGACUGGGACUGGUUAAAGUUAUCGCAAUAUUUUGCAUUGCGAACGCUAGUACACGGAAUAAUGUAAUUUUACGUUAUUAAUAAUAUUUACUAAUAUAAUAUAUGCAUGAGAAUUUACAAUCUCCACGAAUAAUAUAAUUUACAAAUGUCUGUAUAACUUCGAAAUUAAAUUUUCUUUGUACUUUCAUAAUUAAAACCGCAUACCGUUUCAAAGUAUUUUUUAAUGCAAAAACGAAGUCAUUGAAGCUUUAGUGAAUUAUAUCUAGUAGUCUAAUCAAAAUAGUAAUUUUUAUUUCAAUCGUUGUAUCUCUGCGAUAUAUUUGUAAAUAAUUAUCGAAAAAAUUGAGUGCCUAUUUGUUUAAUUUAAAACGUUGCGACAUAUAUUUGUAUAGUUCUGUUAUUCAUGCUGUAUAUGUGCAAUUUUUAUUUAAUGUAUACAUCAAUAAAAACUUUGAUAUUUAUAAA